AUUAGAAGACCCACUUCUCGCCGUACAAAAGACCCCAGGACAGAGCGGAGAGCAACUCAGCACGUCGUCACGUUUGCGCACCGUAUCGAUCUCGUCUCCAAGUCUUUGAACCGAGGAAGACGCAAAGUCCUACACUUCCUUGGAUCACUCAACGCCCCAAUCACUGACGCCCUUUUCCGUUAUCUUCUCCACCUCUUCUCCUGCAUUGUUCCGGUUCUAGGGUUCCUCCGUUGCGUCCUGCGAUUUAUUGACGGUCGCUACGGGUUGCUCCUGAUCUGAUCAGAGAAACCUAGGGCUUUCGUUCUUGGAGGGGAGUCCGAUAUGGGGAGCUCGGAGGAGAGAGUGGUGGCGGUGAUUAUGGUCGGCGGACCCACUAAAGGAACUCGCUUCCGGCCUCUUUCAUUGAACAUUCCGAAGCCGUUGUUCCCGUUGGCUGGCCAGCCAAUGGUGCAUCACCCGAUAUUAGCUUGCAAAAGAAUCCCUAAUUUGGUACAAGUAUAUCUGAUUGGAUUUUAUGAGGAGAGAGAGUUUGCGCUUUACGUGUCAGCCAUCUCCAAUGAGCUCAGAGUCCCUGUUCGGUAUCUGAAAGAAGAAAAGCCUCAUGGUUCGGCAGGAGGGCUUUAUAGUUUCAGAGAUCAUAUCAUGGAAGAUGAUCCAUCGCAUAUAGUUCUUCUGAAUUGCGAUGUUUGCUCUAGCUUCCCUUUGCCAGAUAUGCUGGAAGCUCAUAAAAGAUAUGGUGGGAUGGGAACAGUAUUAGUAAUUAAGGUAUCUGCUGAAUCAGCCAAUCAAUUUGGUGAGUUGGUUGCAGAUCCUGUGACAAAUGAACUCCUACACUAUACAGAGAAACCAGAAACUUUUGUGAGUGACCUCAUCAACUGUGGUGUCUAUAUAUUUACACCCAAUAUCUUUACUGCAAUCCAAGGUGUAUUUACUGAAAGAAGAGAUAGAGCUAACUUGCGGCGUAUGAACAGCUUUGAAGCUCUCCAAUCAGCAACAAAAGCACUCCCUGUAGACUAUGUUAGGCUGGAUCAGGAUAUACUUUCUCCACUUGCUGGGAAGAAGGAACUGUAUACUUAUGAAACACUUGACUUUUGGGAACAAAUUAAGACACCGGGGAUAUCUUUGAAAUGCUCAGCCUUGUACCUGGCUCAAUAUCGUUAUACUUCUCCAAAUCUUCUAGCUUCGGGAGAUGGCACUAAAACUGCUUCUAUUAUUGGUGAUGUUUAUAUACAUCCAUCAGCAAAAGUACAUCCAAGUGCAAAGAUUGGUCCUAAUGUCUCUAUAUCUGCAAAUGCUCGUAUUGGAGCUGGUGUGAGACUAAUCAGUUGCAUCAUACUGGAUGAUGUUGAAAUUAAGGAAAAUGCUGUUGUUAUACAUGCCAUUGUGGGUUGGAAAUGUUCUAUAGGAAAAUGGUCGCGAGUACAGGCUGAGGGAGACUACAAUGCCAAACUUGGUAUCACCAUCCUCGGAGAGGCUGUUGCAGUUGAAGAUGAAGUUGUGGUGGUUAAUUGUAUCGUUCUGCCAAACAAGACGCUUAACGUCAGCGUUCAAGAAGAAAUCAUCCUAUGAUAGCUUAUUUAUAUUUAAGCUCCUUGCAUGCCUCAUUUGUUAUUCUCAUGCUAAAUUUUAACAAACGUAAUUCUUUAUAAGAGCUGUUGUCAACUAGUGGUUUAGCGAGAGACAGAAAAACUGAAUCAGGAUAUACUUUUGUAUUAGUGUGGUACAAGGGAAACAUGCAAGGAAUAAGCACUUCUUGGUAACUAGUAUUUCUUCUUCCA